AUGAACUCCACUUUUUUCAAAUCCAGAUGCACAAGCCAAUACCCAUCCAUCCUUCAUCCGGUACUUGCCCCUCCCCCCUGCAGCGACCUUUCUCACAACUUUCUCACAGGCCGCGCAUUAAAGCUUCCUGCAGUGUUCACCCUGGAUCUUUCCAGCAACUUCCUCUCGGGCCCUCUACCCGACGGGGCAUGCCAGCCGCUUUCUUUUGAUGCCAACUGCUUCACGCUGCCCCUGGACUGUGUCCUGGCACCGCAGCGGCAGGAGGCAGCAUGCAAUGCAUUCUGUGGCGUCUCCUCUGCAGCUGGUGGUGCUGCUGCGUGUGGUGGACAUGGGGUGUGCUAUCGAGAGGGGCCUAGCUUGGCACCCACAUGUCUGUGCGAUGUGGGAUUCGUGCGAUCUGGAGACAUCUUUUGUGUUUCCCUAGGCCAGAACGGGAGGUACUCAAGCAGCCAGUCGGUUCUCCCGCCAGCAUCUGUGCUCACCAAGGGGACGCAGCGGGAGACGAGGGGAAACUUCACCACAACUCCGGUGACUCUGUUUGUGUUCGAGGAGGGGCAGCGGCUGUCCGGGUAUGGCCUGCAGCUCGCCUUCCAUGCCAACUUCACCUUCUCCCUCUCGCCUCAAUCCGGCCGCGUCGGCUUCAACGGCUUUGCCUUUGUUAUCUCGGCAACCGACCAGAUGGGGAGAGGAACAGGUGUGGGGUAUGGUGGAAUGGACAAGCGGAGUGUGGCAGUUGAGUUUGACACUCGGCAGGACAAGCAGCACGGCGACAUGAGCAGCCAGCAUGUGGGGCUGAACAUUCGAGGCGAGGACAAGUCGCUAGCCGCUGUGCCGUCACCAUUCCCUCUAAGCAGCAAGAAGGCAUACACGGCAUGGGUGGACUAUGAGCCGGGGGAUCCUGGCACCAUCCAGGUCUUCCUGGCUGACUCGAAGGAGAAUCCGCGGGAGGCGGUGCUGGAGAGGAGGCUGGCGCUGUGUGAGGUGCUGCAGGGUGGGCCUGAGCAGCACGCCUUCUUCUUUGGCUUCGUGGCCUCCACCACUGUGAAGCCAUUUCAGAAGCACAUCAUUUUCGAAUCUACAGUGGACACAGCCUAUGGCCUGCAGCUGUUAACGAACACGUAUAUGCCAGCAUGGGCCAGCCCCUUCCCGCGCUACGUGAGUGCGGACUACCGAGUGGCGCCCGGCAAGCAGGACUCGUGGGACGUCAGCGACUACCACUCCUGGGACUCCGUGCCGUUUCUCGGCUGGCCCGUCAAGGACCAGAAAGACUGCAAUGCGUGUUGGGCAUUCGCGCUGGUGGCGAGUGUGGAAGCGGCAUACGGCAUUGCAACGAAUGGGGAGGCGCCGCAGUUGUCAGUGGAGUCGCUCUUUGCAGCCAUGGGGCUCACCUCCGAGGCUGACAAGUGCAGCACGGUGGGCUCCCCCACCGAAGCCUUUGAAACGCUUCUCACGCUGCCCAAUGGCGGAACCACAGAGGCUGGCGCACCUGUGAGUAGUGGGGCGGAGGAGUAG